GGCAGUCCUUGUUCUUAAGGUGUUUCCUUAAUAGGGACAAGAAACUGAAAAGCUGUGCCUGGCUUCCGUCAACAAAGCCGGACUCUGCAUGGUCACGUUCAACAAACUCGGGUCCCACCAGAGAGCGCCCUCUCCUCCACCCUCUCCCGGACAAGCUGUCGAAGGAAGUCCCGCACAGCUGCCUCUGCUGACGCCACGCCACUCCGCCUUCCAUGACGUCGGCGCGGAGUCCCAGGAGCGCGGGGGUGUCGCGGUCCAGACGGUGGAGGCGGGCCGGCGGUCACGUCGUUUUCCGCUUCCGUCAUUUCCGGGUGUGACCGCCGCUUCUGUCCGGCUGGGCGCUGGACGCGUAGGGUGCCCCCUUACUGCCUCUGACCGUUUGCACAACUGCCCCUUCCCUGUUCCCAGCGGGAAGGACAUGAGUGUUCCUAGGCCGACGUCCCCGGACGGGGUCCUGGCAGGGCCACCCCAGGGCCUGGGGGCCGGGGAGCAGACGCCGGGUGUAAGUGACACUUCUCCAGAUGAAGGGUUACAAGAGGACUUGACUGUAGAAGACAAAGCUGUGGAGCAGCUGGCAGAAGGAUUGCUUUCUCACUACCUGCCAGACCUGCAGCGAUCGAAACAAGCUCUUCAGGAACUCACACAGAACCAAGUUGUAUUACUAGACACACUGGAACAAGAGAUUUCAAAAUUUAAAGAAUGUCAUUCUAUGUUGGAUAUUAAUGCUUUGUUCACUGAAGCUAAACACUAUCAUGCUAAGUUGGUGAAUAUAAGAAAAGAGAUGCUGAUGCUUCAUGAAAAGACAUCGAAGUUAAAAAAAAGAGCACUUAAACUGCAGCAGAAGAGGCAAAAAGAAGAGCUGGAAAAGGAGCAGCAACGUGAGAAGGAAUUUGAACGAGAAAAGCAGUUAACCGCCAAACCAGCAAAGAGGACCUGAGAAGCUGAGUGUGUCUGUUCUUCCUCCCCUGCCCCACGUUGCUUGCACGCAGGGCGGCCUAGGUGUGCACUGGAGUGAAGGUAGUGCCUUACACCAUUGGCUCGUGUUGUGCAGGCCUUUUCCCAGCAGGGCUCUCUCCGCAUCUUCAUUUCUGCUAUCAAGAAGAUUUUUUCCCCAAGUAGAAGACAUAAUGUCACUCGGUUUAAAUCUUUGAAUGUGGCUUUUCAACUUCUGUUUUGCAUCAUUUUUAAAUUUGUUAUUUUCACUUUGCGUUAUUUAUCAACCGGAAAAUGGUUUGGUUGUUUUAUAGUCUAGACUCUAAGUGAUUAAAAACUAGUAUGAAGUCUUUAGCUUCUUGAGAAGUGUGGAUUGAAAAGAUUCCGUUUCUUAUAUGGAAUGACUUGCCUUUAGGGCAAUACAGUCCUGGUUUUUGGUAAUUGCUCUUUAUUGCUUGGUUCAGAAGAAAUGCCAGCUGUCUAAUCACUUAUGCCCAUAGAGAAGAGAUGGUGUAAGCCUUUGUGAAGAACAUAAUGGAGAAAUUCGUAAUAGGAAAUAAUAGCAUCUUAGACAUCAGACAGGUGGGCAAUAUUCCAGAUAGAUUCCACUAACCAUAUACACUGUCUGCUUCCUAGUGUUGUUGCUCUUUAGUUCUUACAUGUUGUCUGCGUUGAGAGUAGAUUAUCUCUACCCCUAAAGUAAGUUUGGCAGGGACGGUAGAGCUGUCACACAUGCAAAUAUGCUUAAAUAUGUAGGAUACUUAGUAAGAGUCAUCACACUGAGAUACAGUUGCCAAAUCGAUAAGAUAGGAGUCCAACUUGCCAAGUGGAACUUCUGACUGCUAGCUCUGUGUAUCCACUGAUUGGCUGCGUGGCCUUACAUUUUCUUUGCUUUAAAAAAAAUUCUUCAAGUAGAAUGAUACUUAUACCCACUACCCAUGUUAUAGAUAAUGACAAGAAUGGUGGAAAAUUAGCAAAAGCUUCUUCACGAAAGAGGCAGCAUGAUACCUUUAGUGUUUUCUAGAUUUUUCCCCUCAGUAUUUUCAGUAGGAACUUAUAUGAGGGAAAUAUUAGGAAGUUUCAUUUUCUAAAGCUAAGAGUAUAUUAUUAAUUGUUUUAGUAGUAUUUAAUAUCCAACUGGUCUCCAAUCUAUAUUACAUAGAAACUGUACAGAACCUAUCAAGGUGUAUGUUUAGAAUAUGUAUCUUUUAUAGUCUCUAUUACAAUUUUGGUAAGCUGGAAUCACUACCUCUGAUCUCCUAUCAGGCUAAUUAAUGAUGGAGAGGGCAUUAGAUUUAAGCUAAUUGCUAAAAACUGCAAUUAGCAGGAAAAUAGCCGGAAAACUGGUCUGUUUGAAGAUUUACACAGUUUGUUGGAAAGCUGUUCUCUUUAAUGAAUGAAUUAUGAUGUCACAAUUUACUUGACUUUGACCUUAUAUUGAGAAUAUAAAUAUAUUUUAUUUUAAAAGACUACAUUUGCCCUCAAACACUAGCUAAAACUGCCGAGGGCAAGAUUAUUAGCACUUGCAGUACAGUGUCACCUAAAUUGCUGAAUGAACUCCUCUGUAAAGGCUCUGCAUUGUCUCUCAGAGUGUUUAUGGGCCAGCUGCCUUGAUCAUCUGAAAUGCUGGCUCCUGGACAACACCACUCUCAAUCUGCUGAAGCAAAUCUGUUUGUUUUGCCUUUUUUUUUUUUUUAAAUGUUUCCCCAUGUGAUUCUGACGUACCUUAAAAGUUGAGACCCACUGGUCUAGUGGUCUAGGUCAGAGGUUCCCACACUAGGCUGUAUGCCACUAUCACCUGGGAACUUAAGCAAAACAGACAUUCUGGAAGAUUCCUACUCAUUAGUUCUGAGGUGGGUCCCAUGCACAUUUUAAAGAGCUCCCCAUAUAAUUCUGAUGCAGGGAACCACUGGUCUAGACUGUCUAGUGAUUUAUAUUUAUAAGGAAUGAAGUAGCUUAAAAACUACCCAAUAACUCUUGGGAUUAAUCUUACAAAAUAAAUUCUCAACUGCUUUUGAUAGAAAGUCAGAUUAAAGACUGAAAUAGAUAGGAGGUAGGAAAUAGAUAUAGAAUUCUGGUUAAUUAAUUGAACUUUUGCAACCUGCAUUAAAAUAAAUCAUGUUUAUUGAAUGAGUGACAAGGCACAUACACUUUUAGGAUUGUAUUUAAGAUAUGAAGAUUUUUUAAAAUGUCAAGGACAUAUAUUAGCAACCACUAUUUCUAGGUCAGUUGUAAAUCAGAAGUACUGUUAAUUUUGGUAAUUACAAUCUAAAACUUGAGCUGUAUUUCAGUAGCACAAAACAUAUCUUACUGACUAAACCUAAAUGGAAUCCUUCUAGUAGUCUGCUGUAUUUUUGCACAAUAUAAUAAAUAAAUUGUUAACUUGGGUUGGUUUUUUGGUUGAAAAAAAUUGCCUUUGUUUUGAAUUAUAUCACGUAUGUACUGAACUAAAAUGAUGAGAGUUAAUUUUGUAUUUACUUUGUAGUAGGUAUUAGGUGAAGAUGCAGACAUUGAAUGUAAUAUAGAUUGUGUCUGCAGUGAGUUUUGGGGUGGAUACAGUUUAUAAAUAUGCCAGUUAUACACCCUUGUACAUUUGUCUGAUUUUGAACUUGUACAAUGAGGACUACUUUUUACACAUUUAAUAAAAAAAAAAAAGUCUCUGAAUAA